GUUUGUCAAACACUUUCACUUCCAGUACUCUACUUCCACUUGGAACCAAUCAUGCUAUCAACCUUUGUAACUUCACGCGCCACCACUUUCAUCCCGGUAAUCCCUCCAGUUCAUGGCACUCACAACAACCACCUCCCACUCCGCCCCACAUCCCUCCGUGUCACGGCUCAAUCGACCGCCGAACCGGUCACCGCUGACCCCUCACCUCCACCCACCUCCUCUGCAAGUUCUCUGAAACUCAACAAGUACAGCGUCCGCAUCACCGAGCCCAAGUCACAGGGAGGCUCACAGGCCGUCCUGCACGGCGUGGGCCUCUCGGAUUCCGACAUGGAUAAGCCCCAAAUAGGCAUCUCUUCCGUUUGGUACGAGGGGAACACGUGUAACAUGCACCUGUUGAAACUUUCGGAGGCCGUGAAGCAGGGCGUUGAAGAGGCGGGGAUGGUCGGGUUUCGGUUUAAUACAAUUGGUGUGAGUGAUGCAAUAUCGAUGGGGACGAGAGGGAUGUGUUUUAGCUUGCAAAGUAGGGAUUUGAUUGCUGAUAGUAUUGAGACUGUUAUGAGUGCUCAGUGGUAUGAUGGCAAUAUUUCCAUUCCUGGGUGUGACAAAAAUAUGCCAGGUACAAUUAUGGCAAUGGGGCGGCUCAACCGACCGGGUAUAAUGGUUUAUGGUGGAACAAUCAAGCCUGGUCAUUUUCAAGGCCAUACAUAUGAUAUAGUAUCAGCUUUCCAGGUUUAUGGAGAGUAUGUUAGUGGAUCCAUAAGUGAUGAGCAGAGAAGGAAUGUACUCCUUAACUCAUGCCCAGGGGCAGGAGCUUGUGGUGGAAUGUAUACGGCUAAUACCAUGGCAUCUGCAAUUGAAGCUAUGGGAAUGUCUCUUCCUUAUAGCUCUUCCAUACCUGCUGAAGACCCAUUGAAGCUAGAUGAAUGCCGCCUAGCUGGAAAAUAUCUUCUCGAAUUAUUGAAAUUGGACUUGAAACCACGAGACAUAAUCACUCAAAAAUCACUACGUAAUGCGAUGGUUAUUGUAAUGGCACUGGGCGGGUCUACCAAUGCUGUACUACACUUAAUUGCUAUUGCAAGGUCUGUUGGUCUGGAGUUAACUCUUGAUGAUUUUCAGAAGGUCAGUGACGAGGUUCCAUUUCUUGCAGAUCUAAAGCCCAGUGGUAAAUAUGUCAUGGAGGAUGUACAUAAGAUUGGAGGAACACCAGCAAUCAUCCGAUAUCUUUUGGAGAAUGGUUUUCUAGAUGGAGAUUGCAUUACUGUUACUGGCAAGACACUGGCUGAAAAUGCAGUGAACUUCCCUCGUUUAUCAGAGGGGCAGGACAUAAUAAGACCACUGUCAAACCCUAUCAAGAAAACAGGCCAUCUCCAAAUAUUAUAUGGAAAUGUUGCAUCACAGGGUUCUGUAGCAAAAAUUACUGGAAAAGAAGGGCUAUACUUCUCUGGUCCUGCCCUUAUCUUUGAAGGAGAGGAAUCUAUGAUUGCAGCCAUCUCUGAGGAUCCUAUGAGUUUCAAAGGAAAAGUGGUCGUCAUAAGAGGAGAAGGGCCGAAGGGAGGGCCAGGCAUGCCUGAAAUGUUGACACCAACAAGUGCAAUAAUGGGAGCAGGUCUUGGAAAGGAAGUUGCACUGCUCACCGAUGGUAGGUUUUCUGGAGGUUCACAUGGAUUUGUUGUUGGCCACAUUUGCCCCGAAGCACAGGAGGGUGGCCCAAUUGGUCUGAUCCAAAAUGGAGACAUCAUCACCAUUGAUGUACAGAAGCGAAGAAUAGAUGUUCAGAUAACAGAUGAGGAAAUGGAAGAGCGAAGAAGAAAAUGGACUACUCCUCCAUAUAAGGUUAACCGAGGAGUUCUUUACAAGUACAUCAAGAACGUGCAAUCAGCUUCAAAUGGAUGCGUGACUGACGAGUAGUGGAGAUGACACAUUUAUAGAUGACUAUAGAGCGUUACAGCGGCUCAAAAUUCAGUCUUUUCCUAUUUAAAACUUAAUUUAGAAGUUUUGCUCUGUUGGGUAUUUGUUCUUCAGUACAAUUUUGAGAUCCAUGGAUGUGAAUGUGAUUAGACUUUUUAGAGAUUGUACUAAUAUUGGAUUAAACUCUUUUGGGUCAUAAAGAGUUUAUUUUUAGUA